AUGCCUGGUAAUCAGCUUCCUACUGAUUUGAACGGUGAAAACCCUUGGCUUAAAGAUUUAUGCAUCUCCAUGAACAGUAUGGGGGAGCUUGGGGAUAUGGUCAUUCUCGUACAUUGUGGUUCUGAAUUACUCACCAAGCAUAUUACCAUUGGCACAUCGUUACGUACAACUUACAUAACACCCCAUAUCCUGGAGAGAGGCAUGGAGUUUAGCUGGGACAAAUGGAUAUCUUGCCACAUAGAACUGCAAGGUCGCCUGAUGACUCAGGAUGGUGGUCGAGAUGAGCCUCCUAUUGGACCGUUUUUCUGGACCAAGAGUAAAAUGAGAAUUCCAUGA